AUGGAAUCCACUGAUCCACUGACAGAUCAACAAUCUAAGUUCUCAGAUCCACUUCUUGUCGAUUCUGAAGAUAAGAUCGCGGAAGCUGAAGAUACGAAAAAACGCAAAAGACAAUCUGAUGAUGGAGUUAAAGAGAAGCUACAUCCAUCGGUACUGACCAAUUCCCGCACUAGACACUUGAAGAAGGCUGACGGAGAGCCUUACUGGCGAAAGGAUAUACGCUUCGUUUUUUUGAUGAAAUUAUUCUUCAACAACAGGAGAAUAUUCUCUAAUCCUUUCAAAAAGUCGGGGGAGAAUUUCGAUUGGCCGGAACACUUCAAAUACUACAGAGAUGAAUUUGGCACGGAGCAUUUUAAUGAUGGAUCUCAUUUGACAUUCUUUGAGCUUUACCUCGUAACUCUCAUGAAGAGUAGCAAGGUUUCCAAAGUCUUGAAAGAUCGCCUUUCGCAUGAUCUAAGCUAUGCCUUGAAUUUCUCGGUUAUCAGCAUUCUCGUUAAUAUUGGCCGCCUGAAUACGACUGUGAAUUUCGACCAUGCGAUGAAAUCGCAAUUUAGAACCUAUCAUUCUGUGCCCUCUUUGCAUGUUGGAGACCAUACUUCCAUCUUCGAGAAAUUCUACGUCCUUCAUCCUGUUGAAGCCAGACUCAAGACAGAAGACACGAAAAACUACUUCCCAAUGUCCGCGGUAAAGCCAUUACAAGAUACGCCCCGCAUUAAGUCAAUACUUAAAUCAAUUAACGACUUGAACCAAGAAGUUCCAAAAAAUUUCAAGGAAUUCAUUUUGGGGAUGAACGAAGACAAUAAAUUCCAUCUGAACGUUGUCAGCUUAUUGUUCCUGCUUUGUGUACAUGAGUAUGAGAUUGGAAAGCUUUUUUUCCCGACUGCUCAGCAAUUGCCACAAAGGGAGACCGACAAUACGGACCGUACGGGUUUUGCCGCUUCUUCUGGAUCAUUAUUUAAUGACAUCUGGCUGAAAUCAGAGUCAGAUCCAAACGACGAGGUGGAGAGGUUUUUAUGGUUGAUCUACCUUUUCUUGGAGACUGACUUCAAAGCGGAAAAGAUUUUAGCUAACCCUUUUAAUAACCCGUUAGCUCCUAUCACUAUUGAUCCUAGACUGAAUGUGGCAGAAGAAAUUGCUCAUGAUAACUUGGAACUCAUUGAAAAGCUCAGACAGCUCGUGCCCCCAACGAAAAAAUAUUCACCCGAGCAAAGCCAGGACCCAUCUCAAUUGAUCAACGAUGUUGAUACAGAAAAUGAAAAGGCAUUUGCCUUCUAUAUGAAAAAUCUACGACUCAAAUUCUUAGAUGACGCUCCAAGUGAUGAUGAAUCAAAGAAAGCAAAACGAGCUAAAAAGUCGAAGAAGUCAACGGAUGCUGAUGAUACGGAUGCUGACUUAACGGCAUUGGGACUUGAAGAGUCAGACAUAAAAAAGCUGAAACAAGCUCUUAACACGGAAGAAAAUGGGACAGGAAAUGCUGAGUCCAACCCCCAUGGUGACGAUUUGCAAGUAGAUAAAGCACGCAAAAAGAAGAAGACCAGCAUUGGGCCAAUCAAGCUCAACUUGAGCCAUAUCGAAGCUUUGUUAAGUUCAGAUGUAAGAUCAGGCUCAACAUCAAAGAUGAUGAUUAAUAAACGAAACAAAAAUCACUACAUGGCCUUAUUUCUGAGAGAUCUCAUACUGAAACGUGCGGAUGACCUCAAACGCAAAAGAUUAAAACUAGGGCACUUAAAUUGCAUGCACAAAUUGGACAAUCUAUUGAUUACACAAAGCGACGAGAAUCUCUCAUGCUUGCACAAGGACAAACUGGAUGAGUUUCAGAUCAACUAUUAUAAAGAUCUGAGACGGAUAGUGAAUUUCGUUGACGACUCAGCGGACAGAGAGGAAUCAGCGCACGAUUUAUUUUUGGAAAAAGCCUUUUCUGAUGUAUAG